GCCACUUCGCGGCGACAGAUCGAGCGACGAGCGGGCGGGCGGCGGCGGCCAUAUUAUCAGUGAGGUGUCAGUAUUUUCCGAACGUGACGGGAUUUUUUGGGUGUGGAUCGCGCGAUUUCCUGUCUCGCUGCCCGCGUCGCGAGCUAAUAGUGCCGAGUGCCAGGUGGACCGUCGUGGAUGUAGUGCGGUACACGUGUCAUCAUCGUCGGACGUGCGCGCAAGCAGAGAAUCAGAGGGAUAGAUCCGUUGUUCAGUACGAGAAAACACAACUUCCACGAUGCCGAAGUCGAUGAACGUGAGGGUGACGACGAUGGACGCGGAGCUGGAGUUCGCGAUCCAGGCGACGACCACCGGGAAGCAGCUGUUCGACCAGGUCGUGAAGACGAUCGGGCUGCGCGAGGUGUGGUUCUUCGGUCUUCAAUAUACCGACAAUAAGGGCGACCUCACCUGGAUCAAACUCUACAAAAAGGGUGAUUCCGUGCGGCCUUCAAAAAAUCUGCCACGUGAUGAAUCAGGAAGUGAAGAAAGAGACUCCAUUGCAGUUCAAAUUCCGUGCAAAAUUCUAUCCCGAGGACGUCGCCGAGGAACUGAUACAAGAUAUUACGCUUCGACUUUUUACCUUCAGGUGAAAAAUGCUAUCCUCACGGACGAAAUAUACUGCCCACCAGAAACAUCCGUCCUGCUGGCCUCAUAUGCCGUUCAGGCGAGACAUGGAGAUUAUCAGAAGGGCAAUCAUCCCACUGGCUUCCUGGCGAACGAUCGAUUGUUGCCACAACGCGUCGUUGAUCAGCAUAAGAUGAGCAAAGACGAAUGGGAUAGUUCGAUUACAAACUGGUGGCAGGAACACCGUGGCAUGUUGCGAGAAGAUGCCAUGAUGGAGUAUCUGAAAAUUGCUCAGGACUUAGAGAUGUAUGGUGUGAAUUACUUUGAAAUUCGCAACAAGAAGGGCACAGACCUUUGGUUGGGUGUGGAUGCUUUAGGUUUGAACAUCUACGAGAAGGACGAUAAGCUUACGCCGAAAAUCGGUUUCCCCUGGUCCGAGAUACGGAAUAUCUCGUUCAACGAUAAGAAAUUUAUAAUCAAGCCAAUCGACAAGAAGGCACCGGACUUUGUCUUUUUCGCCAGCAGAGUGAAGAUUAACAAGAGAAUUCUUGCACUAUGUAUGGGCAAUCACGAGCUCUACAUGCGCAGACGUAAACCGGAUACGAUCGACGUGCAGCAAAUGAAGGCUCAAGCCAGAGACGAAAAGAUUGCAAAACAGCAACAGAGAGAGAAACUACAAUUGGAAAUAGCAGCCCGAGAACGUGCGGAGAAGAAACAGCAGGAAUACGAAGAGAGGCUAAGAAACAUGGCGGAGGAAAUGGACAGGCGGCAGGCCGAGUUGAAUGAAGCUCAGGAAAUGAUUCGACGCUUGGAGGAGCAAUUGAAACAGUUACAGGCUGCCAAGGAAGAGCUAGAAAAUCGCCAGAAGGAAUUAACGGCGAUGAUGGAAAAACUGGAACUCUCGCACGAAAUGGAGGCUGCGGAACGCGCUAAACUCGAACAGGAAAUAAGGACUAAACAGGAAGAGGUGCAACGCAUACAAUCCGAAGUGGAGGCUAAGGACGCGGAAGCUAGGAGAUUACAAGCAGAAUUUGAAGCUGCCAAAUUGAGACAAGAGGAAGCUGACCGGCAAUAUCAGGCCAAUCAGACCCCGCAUCAUCAUCAUGUCGAGGAAAAUGAAGAAGGUGAGGAAGAGGGCGAGGACGAGGUGCCUCAAGGAAAUGUCACCAAGGAUCUCGCGACUGACGAGUCUAUAAUCGAUCCUGUCGAGGAGCGACGCACUUUGGCGGAGAGAAACGAACGUCUCCACGAUCAAUUGAAGGCAUUGAAACAAGAUCUCGCUCAAUCGCGCGACGAAUCCAAGGAGACGGUGAUGGAUAAGAUUCACAGGGAAAACGUGCGCCAGGGUCGCGAUAAAUAUAAGACACUUCGCGAGAUUCGCAAGGGCAACACCAAGCGCCGCGUUGAUCAGUUCGAGAACAUGUAAAUUAAUCUACGUGCAUCUCUAAUCGCUUACCUUAUCCUUUCCUGUUUUCAAUUUCUCACUUGACAUCGCGGAAACAGAGAAUGCAGUAAAAAAUGAUAAUGAGAUAACGAUAAGAAAAAGAGAGAGAAAGAGAUAGGGAAAGAAAAAUAGAGAAGGGUAUAGAUUCUACAAUCGAUGUAUAAAUAGAAUCAUUUGAAUAACAUACAUUUACUCGAUCAAUUUAACCUUUCUCAAUGUUCGCGCACGGAUGACGCCGUGAUUAUCGAGAAUUACUAUGAUAUUUCGUAUCUGACACGUUAGUUCGAUAACGAGAUUCUACACCCUCCUGCAAACCGAUAAUCAAAGCUCUCACGUUUUUUGGCGAGGAGAACGCGACGAGAGCGAGUGACUCGCGCCGUCUUCCAUAUAUGCUUCCACAUAAAUUAAUGCUGCACGAUUUCUAUUCUAUCAUCGAGAAUUAUUACGUGCUUCCGUAGCGCGGGUAAAUUUUCUCGUCAUUUUACGCGAAUGUGUCUUGUUUGUGAAAAAAAUGGUAAAAAAAUUUUCCUUUUCUUUUAAAUAUUCUAACUAAUUGAAAAUUGUUCCCAGUAUUAUUAUUUUCUAUGUACCAAAUAAUUUACCAAGCAGUUUUAUUAUCUUAAAAGUAGACAUAUUUCUCUUCGCUGAAAUGACAAGAAAAUUUAUGUAAUCCGUUAUCUUUACUUAAUCUUAUUACUUAAUCCUUUCUCCGCGCAUCGACGGAUUCUGACGUCUUCAUGUAUUGUGAGGUGCUAAUGUAAUACUGGUCUCGCUUCACGAUAAGCUUUACUGCCGGUCAUUUAUUCGCGAUCUUGAACAGUUGGUUACCUAAACUCUGCCUUGCCCAUCGCGGUCCUAUCGUGUCGUCGCGUAUCGUCCGUCCUCCGUUAAUAAGAAUUCGCUUUCAAGAAGCAUUUGCACGUCAUCAGCAUCACUGUCACAUCUAUUUACAUCUCCGCUGAUGCGUCGCGAUGACACUCGGGGUCGUUACCCGUUAACGGACAACUUUCUUCUAUUUUGUACGCUUAAUUCGCGAGCCAUAUUCGUAGACAGGAGUUUGUUCGGGGAGUUGCUUGAUGCUAUACAUCGAUAUAGUUAAUCGGCGGAUUUUUAAGCCACUUCCGGACACCGGCCAUAGAGAAAUCAAGAUUUAGGGGCACGGUUUAUAUUGUAGCGAGGUAGAUAGAAAUUUAGGCGUAAUUCUCUUCAAGUUCGUAUUGGGCAGCGACCGUUUCAAGCAAGGGAACUUCGUGGCACAUCCAAUUCUGCUCUGAUAUUUCGGAUUAACAAUAAAUCUCAAAAAGUGUUCCUCAAAUAUGAAAUUAUUUAUUGAAUAAAUAAUUAGAUUAUCUUUGUAUAUAUUGAAAUAUAUAUACGUAUUUAUGGAUAAAUUUUGACAAUCGUAGAAAUAAUUGGGAAUGCAUGUAUUAAAUUCACGUUCAACAUUUUAUCACGACAAUUCUCUUUCAAGACAAACGUGUUGUUCAUUGUGCUCGUGAAAAAGUAUUGCGAUUGUUCCCUUGUUCGUCACACACGAAUCAUUAUCGCAGCGCAAUCCGUCACCCCAGGUUAAAUGUAAGCGAUUCAACGAUGGCGUGGCCUAUUCACUACCGAUAAAACCGUACCGAGUUAUUUUCGUACGAGCGAGUUUCGAUAACAUAUUAGCGAUUUUAUAUUGAAUACACUCGUGGCCUUUACUUGAUAUAAAUAUAUAUAUAUAUAUAUAUAUAUAUAUGUAUAUAUAUAUAUAUAUAUAUAUAUAUCGAAAUACUUAUAGGUAGUACAUACUAAAAUAAUGAACACACUAGAGAAAAAAAGGAUAUCGCGCCAUAGAAGAUUCAUCUUCUUGCAUAUUUUCAACACAAGAUUGAACUGCGCGGUACCCGUGAAUGGAUUAGCUACCAAGAUUUCCGAAAGAAUGAGGGAACGAGUGCGAGAGAGGGAGAGAAUGCGAUGAGGGAAAUAAUUAACCGUGUGAGAGAGGUCGAGUGAUAGAGCGAAAACACACGUUUAUUAUGGCAGUCUGGGUAAGUCUAAUGCCAUUGGAAUUUUUAAAAACCUUUUAAGAAAAUUCUAUAUAACGCAAUUUAAAAUUAAAACUUGAAGUAACGUGUAACCUCGAGAAAUGCUGCCAAUUUUUCAUAUGAUGGAAUCAAAACAAAAAAAGCGAUAAUAGUAUAAUACGGAUGAAAGAUAUGUAAGCUACAUUUUGAAAGGCAGAUUUGCGAAAUUAUUAAAAUGUAAACACGCUCGUUGCAUUAAAGUUUGUAUUUUACUAUAUUAUUAUCACCAACCACGUGUUACAAUAAUAUGCGAAACGAAAA